AUGAGUUCUAUCACAGGAAGCUACACACCACCAAGCUGUAAAUUCGACACUGUUCGGAUAAAUAUGACUGUCACUUCUCGGGGUACUCAAUAUGACCGACUGGGUCUUAUGUACCUGGGCGAUGCUGAGGUCUUCCGGACUUCAACUGCCGAGCCAACCUCGACUGGAAUUGUGUGGACCUACAUCAAGGAAAUGUCUCAGUAUAAUGCUCUAUGGCAGGAGCCCCAAAAACUGAUAUUUGAUCUGGGUAACAUCAUCACCGAUGUUUACACUGGUCCAUACAAUGUGACAUUGACGGCGCACUUUUCAUAUGAGAAUAAUGUUCAAAAUGCGGAUAUCAUCCUUCCACUCUCGGCAAGGAAAGCAUCAUCCAACUCAUCCAGUGAAUUCACUGUUCCCACGGAUAACACUACUGUUUCCUAUACUAUCCCAGAUACAGCAUCGCGGGCCGUUGUUGCAAUCUCAGCUUGCGGUCAAUCUGAAGAGGAGUUCUGGUGGUCUAACGUCUUCACCGAGGAUUCUGAAGACUUUGAAGAUUACAUUGGUGAGAUGUAUGGGUACUCGCCUUUCCGAGAAAUCCAAUUGUAUAUUGAUGGAAUUCUCGCCGGCUUUGUCUGGCCUUUCCCCAUCAUCUUCACCGGUGGUGUGGCACCUGGAUUCUGGCAUCCUAUUGUCGGCAUUGAUGCGUUUGAUCUUCGAAUGCCAGAGAUCGAUAUCUCGCCCUUUUUGCCACUCCUUCAGGAUGGUAAAGAGCACGCGUUUGAGAUUAGAGUUACUGGUCUCAAUGUUUCCAGUGAUGGUACAGCUACACUCGCUGGUACUGUGGGCUCGUACUGGGUAGUCACUGGAAACGUUUUCCUCUGGACCGACGAGAAGAGCUCUUCUCUGAAAAGUGCCGAUAGCUCUUCCUUCUCUGUGGAGGCCCCCGAGCCAAAGUUCACUGUGACACGAACCCUUGGACAAAACAAGACAUCUGGGGAGAACGAAACCCUGGCAUACUCCAUUGUAGCAGAGAGAUCGUUCAAAGCCAGCUCAUCCAAGUACGCCUGGUCACAGGAACUGUCCUACUCCAACUACGGAUACCUUAAUCAACAAGGUUGGAGUCAAGUGAACAAGCAACUCACCUCGGGUAAGAACACAAUUGCUGAGGUUGGUAGUUCCAGUACCAAUGAAACUACCUUCAGCUAUCCUUUACUGGUAAAUGCAACCUACGUUAUUACGGAUACUACUGAGAGUAUCAGUUCGUGGAUGAGUCGUGGUCUCACCAUUGAUUCUACCGGUGGACUCGGAGUUUCUCCUUAUACUUUGGUCUCUGGAGCUUCAAAACUCGAUACAACUCAGUCUGGAACGGCAUACUAUGAUUAUGUGUCUGGCGGUACCUCGACCUCUACUGGUACUACACUUGAUGAGUUCCAGAGCACUGCUAAUGGAGUCGAAUAUUCGAGAUCUGUUAAGGCAAGUGGAGGCAAUGUGGUGGAGGAUAGUCAGUCGGGUAGCUCAAAGACUUCUUAUACUUCGACUCCAUCGGGAAGAGAAAGUAUUAGGAGCAUUUUGGGAAGAGGACCGGGCAAGGUCAGUGUUUAA